GUCCUGACAAAUGCAGUGCCCUGUACUCGCGGCAUCCAAUGGCCUGAAUCCCUCUGCAAUCUCACUCCGCCACGCUCGGACACUGUGUAAACGGGCCAAGCAGGAUCCCCCGGCGCCGCUUCUUGUCCAACCGCCCCCAUGGGGACCCGGGACCAGUGAGGCACUAGCUUUGCGCUACCCUUGUCCAUAGUGCUGGACCCGCGCCUUUUUGACACGGUGGGUAAGUGCAGUGAGUAUAUAGAGACCCUGGGCACCCCCCAGGCAAAGUGCUUGAGCGUGCACCACAAGACUCCCGUCCUUCUCCAACACCAUCAAGCAUCAUGGUCGCUGAGAAGAACUCCGUAACGGGCCAUGAGGUCGUUGACCCUGCCCUCCGCUCUGAUAACGAGAAGUCGGCCGCCUUCGGUGCCGCAUCUGACGCCAGCUCCAACGCUGUUGGUGAAUACGAUGACCUCCCCGACCCAGAUGUUGGCAAGAGCGACGAGGAGCGAGCCAAGCUUGACCGAGCUCUCGUGUGGAAGAUGGACAAAUGGCUGAUUCCAUGGCUGUCCCUGCUCUACCUCUUGUCCUUCUUGGACCGCACAAACAUCGGUAACGCCCGUGUUGCGAAGAUGGAGCCCGAUCUGAAAAUGGGUGGUCGCGACUAUAACAACGCGCUCACCAUCUUCUUCAUCUCCUACGCUGGUUUCGAGCCUCUGACCAACAUCCUGAUCAAGAAGUGGUCUCCCCGCGUCUUCUUCACUGCCAUCAUCCUCGCAUGGGGCGUCAUCAUGACCCUCAUGGGUGUCGUUCACAACAAGGCCGGUCUCCUCGCCUGCCGUUGGUUCCUCGGUAUCGCCGAAGCCGGUCUCUUUCCAGGAGUCAACUACUAUCUUUCGUGUUGGUACAAGCGCACAGAGCUCGGUCUCCGUGCUGCUCUCUUCUUCUCCGCCGCUGCGCUUGCCGGUUCUUUCGGUGGUCUCCUCGCCGCUGCCAUCACCAACAUGCACGGCAUUGGUGGCUACCAGGGAUGGCGCUGGAUCUUCAUCAUCGAGGGUCUUAUGACCGUCGCCGUUGGUGUUGUUUGCUGGUGGAUGACUUUCGACUUCCCCGAUACCGCCUCUUUCCUCAGCGCCGACGAGAAGCUUCGUGCUAUGCGCCGUCUCCGCGCUGAUGGCCAGGCAAAGGCCACAGUUGGCCACAUCGAUCGCCGCCACGUCUUCGCUGCGCUCAAGGACUGGAAGACCUGGGGUUACGCCGUCAUCUACAUGGGCUGCCUCUGCCCGCUGUACUGUUUCUCUCUCUUCCUCCCCACCAUUCUCCUCGGCAUGGGUUACAGUGGUACUAAGGCUCAGCUUAUGUCCGUUCCUCCGUAUGCCGUUGCCGCCGCCAUGACUGUUGUCGUUGGUUUUGUCGCAGAUCGCACCAAGUGGCGUGGCUACUGCAACAUGGUUAUCUCGUUGAUCGGCUGCAUCGGAUUCGCUAUGCUCCUCGCCACCGACAACGUGCACGUCCAGUACGCCGGUACCUUCCUCGGUGCCGUCGGAAUCUACCCCACCGUUUCCAACACGCUGACAUGGGCGUCCAACAACGUCGAAGGCUCGCUGAAGCGUGGUGUUAUGGUUGGUGUUGUUGUUGGCUGGGGUAACAUGAACGGUGUCGUCUCGUCCAACAUCUACUCCCAGAAGGAGAGGCCAAGGUACUGGACCGGUCACGGUAUUGUGCUCGCAUACCAGUUCCUUUUCCUCUUCGGGGGAACAGUCUUCAUGCACUUCAUGCUCAAGCGCGAGAACAGGCUGCGCAAGGAGGGCAAGCGCGAUCACUGGAUGCACGGCAAGACCCAGGAGGAGAUUGAGCUUAUGGGUGACGAGCGCCCCGACUUCUUUUACACCACUUAAGUGUGUGUGUUCAGAUCCGUUUGCGUUUGUAACCCAUGUCUCAUUCUCUAUACGAGAGGAGAUGAAUAAUUUGCAUACGCAUAGCCU